AAAUAUUUUUGCAACGCCACGCAAUGUCGGGUCUUAAUUUAACAGUAAAAGUGCAUCCUGUAGUGCUCUUCCAAGUUGUGGAUGCCUAUGAAAGACGUAAUGCAGAUUCCCAUCGUGUUAUUGGCACCUUAUUGGGCUCUGUCGACAAAGGCGUUGUCGAAGUGACGAAUUGCUUCUGUGUACCUCACAAGGAACACGAUGACCAAGUCGAGGCUGAACUUAGUUAUGCUUUGGAUUUGUAUGACUUGAAUCGUAAAGUAAAUCCCAAUGAAAAUGUUGUGGGUUGGUGGGCAACUGGCAACGAAGUUACCAAUCACAGCUCCGUCAUUCACGAAUACUAUGCCCGUGAGUGCAACAACCCCGUUCACUUGACCGUUGAUACUUCUUUGCAAGGUGGUCGUAUGGGUCUCUGUGCCUAUGUCUGCAUUCCAUUGGGUGUUCCUGGUGGUAAGACCGGUUGUAUGUUCACCCCUAUCCCCGUUGAAAUGACCUGCUACGAACCCGAGACUGUGGGAUUAAAACUGUUGCAAAAGACCAUUGGCAGCUCUGCACCACACCGUAGCAAGACAGUAUCGCCUAUGUUGGACUUGGCACAAAUCUCUGAAGCCUCCACCAAAUUGCAAGGCCUUUUGGAACUCAUUCUGAAGUAUGUUGAAGAUGUUAUUGCUCACAAACAGCCACCAGAUAAUGCUGUCGGUCGCCAAUUGUUGGAUCUCAUCCAUUCGGUGCCACACAUGACCCAUGAACAAUUCACCCAGAUGUUCAAUGCCAAUGUUCGUGAUUUGUUGAUGGUCAUCACUCUAUCCAAUCUUAUUAAGACACAACUGCAAUUGAAUGAGAAAUUGACUUAUUUGCCAACAAAUUAAGCGGGG